UGGAAAAUCUACUGCCUCUCCCACUGGUAACCGGUGUUGGUUUAGUGAGUGCUGCUCCAGUUUUGCCAUACCACCUAACAUGGCACUGUGCAAAUUGACUCAAUGCUGUUGCGGUUGCUCGCUCCAAACAGGAACCAAAGUGAUUGGCGUAUGGUUUUUGAUAGGUGCAACUGGAGGAUUUAUUCAGGCUUUUAGUCAGAUGCUUGCAAGUUUCGAUCGAGAUGAUGGAGACCGUAUGCUUCUCGACUCCAUCAGCUGGAUGAUCGGAUCAAUUGCUGCGAUGGCAGCCACUGUUUCUGUACAAGUAGCCGCCUGGAACAACCGCCAUCCUGUGCUCAUCGUACCUUGGCUCGUAUUAAAAUCCGUAUCUUUAACUGUAGGCAUUGCCUUCGUGUCCUACAUGGGUAUUAUGUCAAUAAGAGGUAAUGGCAGUUCCAGUGGUAUUGUGUACUUUGCUGGUGCCUUUAUUGCAACAGCCAUAGUUUCCUAUUCCUGGUUGGUAAUCUACAGUUAUUACCAAGAACUAGUCGCGACUGGGAAGAAGUUAGUGAAAUGCGACGAAGAGAAUGAGAUGAAAUUUGGCGAAUGUUAACCUGGCAAGUAGGCUGCAGUCUGCACUUGUUGAAUAGAGACGGGGUAACACUCCUUGUGUAGGAUUUCCUAGUGAGC